GCUUCAGCGUUGCUUCAGUGGAGAGACAGAGGACUGAAACUUCCGCCAGCGUCAUGGCGGCACUAUGCAGCUUGGUGAAAAAGAGAAAAUAAGAAGCCAGCUCUUCCAUGUGCAGCCCUGACGUUGGACUUUGAGGAUUAAGGGGUCAGAAAGAGCAGGAAAAGGUGUUUUUUGUGUGCGGGCCAUGGCGGCUCAUAAACCCGCUGAAUGGGUUCAGGCCGUUAUUACCAGAUUCGACGAGCAGCUUCCAGUCAAAGUCGGGCAACAGAGCACGCAUACCAAAGUCAGCACGGAGCACAACAGAGAAUGUCUGAUCAACAUCUCCAGGUACAAGUUCUCGUUGGUCAUCAGCGGACUUACAAACAUACUGAAGAACGUGAACAAUAUGAGGAUUUUGGGUGAGACUGCAGAGAAAAACCUCUAUCUAUCUCAGCUCAUCAUCUUGGACACGCUGGAGAAGUGCCUCGCAGGGCAACCGAAGGACUGUAUGCGCCUAGAUGAGACUAUGUUGGUGAAGCAGCUCCUGCCAGAGAUCUGCCACUUCAUCCACACGUACCGAGAGGGGAAUCAGUACGCCACCGAGCUGCGCAACUCCGCCUCUGGGGUUCUGUUCUCGCUCAGCUGUAACAACUUCAACGCCGUCUUCAGCCGCAUCUCCACCCGGUUACAGGAACUGACCGUGUGUUUAGAAGACACGGUGGACGUCCAGGACAUCGAGCUUAUCCGCUACAUUAAUGUUGACUGCUCCAAACUCAAAAGACUCCUGCAAGAAACCGUGUUCAAAUUUAAAGCCCUGAAAAAGCCUGCACAGCUGAGUGUCAUCUACAGUCUAGAGAAGGCAUUCUGGAAUUGGGUGGAGAAUUACCCAGAAGAGCUCACCAUGCUCUACCAGAGACCACAGCCAGACAUGGCUGACUGUGCGGAGAAGCUCUUUGACCUGGUGGACAGUUUUGCUGAGAGUGCGAAGAGGAAGGCAGCCGUGUGGCCGCUGCAGAUCAUCCUCCUCAUCCUCUGUCCCAACAUCAUCCAGGAGCUGUCACGAGAGAUGCUGGAGGAGAGCAAGGUCAACAAGAAACUGUUUAUAGAGAGUCUGAGGAAAGCUCUGGUCGGACACGGGUGCAGCAAGCAGCUGACGGAGAGCGCAGCCAUCGCCAGCGUCAAACUGUGUAAAGCCUCCACCUACGUCAACUGGGAGGAUCACUCCAUCAUCUUCCUCCUGGUGAAGUCCAUCAUGGUGGAUCUGAAGGCUCUGCUGUUUAACCCCGCCAAGCCGUUCUCACGUGGUGCAGGCUGUCAGAGCGCAGACGUGGACCUGAUGAUCGACUGCUUUGUCUCCUGUUUCCGCAUCAACCCACACAAUAACCAGCAGUUUAAAGUCUGCUUGACCUCAUCCUCACUGUCCACCUUCCACUUUGUCCUGGUGAACUCCCUGCACAGAAUCAUCACCAACUCUCCACUCGACUGGUGGCCAAAGAUCGACGCUGUGUACUGUUACUCGGGAGAGUUGCGCACCAUGUUCGCAGAGACACUGGCCAGCAUUCACACGCCGCUUCGCAUGACGAGUCUGACGUUUAAAGAGAAAGUGACCAGUCUCAAGUUUAAAGACAAGGCAACUGAUUUGGACACCAGGAGUCAUAAGUAUCUGAUGCUGGCUUUAGUGAAGCUUAUCCACGCUGACCCCAAGCUUCUGCUGCACAACCCAGGGAAGCAAGGACAGGAGAUCCAGAGCAGCACAGCCGAUCUCAUCAAAGGUCUCACGCAGCUUGUUCCCCUCGCCAACCUGGGGGAGAUUUCCCAGGAGGCCAUGGAGGCUUUGCUGGUUUUGCAUCAACCAGAAAUCAUCGAGCUGUGGAACCCCGACGCUCCCAUGGAGACCUUCUGGGACAUCAGCUCCCAGGUUCUUUACUUCAUUUGCCCCAAGCUCAUCGGCCACCAGCUGUUCAACAGAACGGAGAUUCUCAAGUGGCUCAGAGAGAUCCUCAUCUGCAGGAACAAGUUUCUCCUCAGGAACAAAGAGUGUGCAACGAUGGGCAGCAGCAUCCCCAAGUGCAGGCAGGCACAGGCCAAGCUGGAGGUCUGCCUCUACAUGUUUUUGUGGAGUCCCGACGCAGAGGCAGUGCUGGUGGCCAUGUCCUGUUUCAGGCACCUGUGCGAGGAGGCAGAUAUCCGCUGUGGUGUGGACGAGGUGCCGGUGCAGACCAUUCUGCCCAACUACAACACCUUCAUGGAGUUCGCCUCCAUCAGCAACAUGAUGACCACAGGUCGUUCAGCCUUACAGAAGAGAGUAAUGGCUUUGCUGAGGAGGAUUGCACAUCCUACACCUGGCAACACCGAGGCCUGGGAGGACACGCAUGCCAAAUGGGAAUACGCCACAAAGUUAAUCCUGAACCACCCAAAAACUAAGUUAGAAGACUGUCAGGAAUGGACCAACAUGACUGGAUUCCUGUGCGCUCUGGGUGGUGUGUGCCUGCAGCAGAGGAUCCUCCCACGCCCUGCUACAUACAGCCCCCCGAUGGGUCAGCUGAGUGAGCGUAAGGGCUCCAUGGUGUCCAUGGGCUCAUGUGAGGGCAACGCCGAGACGCCACUCGGGAAGUUUUUGGACCGGCUGCUCUCACUGAUGGUGUGCAGCCACGAAAAGGGUGUGCAGAUCCGCAACAACGUCAAGGACCUGGUGGGUUUGGAGUUGAGCCCGGCUCUCUACCCUAUGCUCUUCAACAAGCUGAAGAACAGCAUCAGCCGCUUCUUCGAAGCACAAGGACCGGUGCCAAUCAACGAGACAAACACCCAGUUUGUGGAGCAGACCAUCGCUAUAAUGAAGAACCUGUUAGAUAAUCACACAGAAGGCAGCUCUGAACAUCUCGGCCAGGCCAGCAUUGAGACCAUGAUGAUCAACCUGGUCAGGUAUGUGCGCAUUCUGGGCAACAUGGUCCAUGCGAUCCAGAUCAAAACCAAGCUGUGCCAGCUGGUGGAGGUGAUGAUGGAGCGCAGAGACGAUCUGUCCUUCUGUCAAGAAAUGAAGUUCAGGAAUAAGAUGGUGGAGUAUCUGACAGACUGGGUAAUGGGGACCUCCAACCAGGCAGCUGACGAUGACGUCAAGUGUCUAACGAGGGAUCUGGAUCAGGCGAGUAUGGAGGCUGUGGUGUCUCUGCUGGCCGGGUUACCGCUCCAACCGGAGGAAGGAGAUGGGGUAGAACUCAUGGAGGCCAAGUCUCAACUUUUCCUCAAGUACUUCACACUCUUUAUGAAUCUUCUAAACGACUGCAGCGAGCCGGAGGAUGAUGGACAGCAGGUUGCGGGCCGUAAGCGUGGCAUGUCGAGACGUCUGGCGUCUCUGCGUCACUGCACUGUGCUGGCCAUGUCCAACCUGCUCAACGCUAACGUGGACAGCGGCCUCAUGCAUUCCAUCGGUCUGGGCUACCACAAGGACCUACAGACUCGUGCCACCUUCAUGGAGGUUCUCACUAAGAUCCUGCAGCAGGGCACUGAGUUUGACACACUGGCUGAGACAGUGCUGGCUGAUCGCUUUGAGAGGCUUGUUGAGCUCGUCACCAUGAUGGGCGAUCAGGGAGAGCUGCCCAUCGCCAUGGCACUGGCCAAUGUGGUGCCUUGUUCUCAGUGGGACGAGCUGGCUCGGGUUCUGGUCACUCUGUUUGACUCGCGUCACCUCCUCUACCAGCUUCUGUGGAACAUGUUUUCUAAGGAGGUGGAGCUUGCUGACUCGAUGCAAACACUUUUCAGAGGGAACAGCCUGGCCAGUAAAAUCAUGACCUUUUGUUUUAAGGUUUACGGUUCUACGUAUCUGCAGAACCUUCUGGAGCCCCUCAUCGGUGAUGUCCUAAAGUCUACCAAGUUCAGUUUUGAGGUGGAUCCCACCAGACUGGAUCACAGCGAAGUGUUGGAAGAAAACCAGCGCAACCUGCUGACCAUGACGAACCGCUUCUUCCUGGCCAUCAUCAACUCCUCGAGUGAAUUCCCACCGCAGCUGAGGAGUGUGUGUCACUGCCUGUUCCAGGCUACUUGCUACUCUCUACUGAAUAAAGCCACAGUUAAAGAGAAAAAGGAAAAUAAAAAAUCAGUCGUGAGUCAGCGUUUCCCUCAGAACAGCAUCGGUGCCGUGGGGAGCGCCAUGUUCCUGCGCUUUAUCAACCCAGCCAUCGUUUCCCCGUACGAAGCAGGGAUCCUGGAUAAGAAGCCUCCUCUGAGAAUAGAGCGGGGACUCAAACUCAUGUCCAAGAUUCUGCAGAGCAUCGCCAACCAUGUGCUGUUCACGAAGGAGGAACACAUGAGGCCUUUUAACGACUACGUGAAGAGCAACUUUGAUUUAGCCAGAAAAUUUUUUCUGGACAUUGCAUCCGAUUGUCCCGCCAGUGACUCGGUGAACCACAGCCUCUCGUUUAUCAGUGACGGAAACGUACUGGCUCUGCACCGGCUGCUUUGGAACAACCAGGAGAAGAUCGGCCAGUACCUCUCCAGCAACAGGGAUCAUAAAGCAGUGGGUCGGCGUCCGUUUGACAAGAUGGCGACUCUCCUGGCCUACCUCGGACCUCCUGAACACAAGCCGGUAGCUGAUACACACUGGUCCAGCCUGAACCUCACCAGCUCCAAGUUUGAAGAGUUCAUGACCAGACACCAGGUCCACGAAAAAGAAGAGUUCAAAGCUCUGAAAACCCUCAACAUUUUUUACCAGGCUGGAACAUCCAAGAACGGCAACCCGGUUUUCUAUUACAUCACCCGCAGGUUCAAAACUGGCCAGAUUAAUGGAGACUUGCUCAUCUAUCACGUGCUGCUCACGCUCAAACCAUACUACGCCAAACCGUACGAGAUAGUAGUGGACCUGACUCACGCCGGCCCCAGCAACCGUUUUAAAACUGACUUCCUUUCCAAAUGGUUUGUCGUCUUUCCGGGGUUUGCCUACGAGAACGUCGCGGCCAUCUACAUCUACAACUGUAACACGUGGGUGCGUGAGUAUACAAAGUACCACGAGAGGCUACUCACCGGCCUGAAGGGCAGCAAGAAGCUGCUUUUCAUCGAGUCCCCAGCGAGGCUGGCUGAACACAUCGAGCUGGAGCAGCAAAAGCUUCCUGCUGCUACGCUGACCCUCGAGGAGGAUCUCAAGGUGUUUCAUAAUGCUCUCAAACUGGCCCACAAGGACACCAAGGUGUCCAUCAAGGUGGGCUCCAGUGCCGUGCAGGUGACCUCGGCAGAUCGGACAAGAGUCCUGGGCCAGUCGGUUUUCCUCAAUGAUAUCUACUACGCCUCCGAAAUUGAGGAGAUCUGCCUGGUGGAUGAGAACCAGUUCACGCUUACUAUCGCCAACCAGGGCACACCACUCACCUUCAUGCACCAGGAGUGCGAGGCUAUCGUGCACUCCAUCAUCCACAUUCGCACACGCUGGGAGCUCUCUCAGCCCGACUCCAUCCCACAACAUACCAAGAUCAGGCCCAAAGACGUGCCGGGGACGCUGCUCAACAUCGCCCUCCUAAAUCUGGGCAGCUCUGAUCCUAGUCUCAGGUCAGCAGCCUACAAUCUACUGUGCGCCUUAACCUGCACCUUUAACCUGAAAAUCGAGGGCCAGCUGCUGGAGACGACGGGUCUGUGCAUCCCAGCCAACAACACCCUCUUCAUUGUUUCCAUCAGCAAGACCCUGGCAGCCAAUGAGCCCCACCUGACGCUCGAGUUCCUCGAGGAGUGCAUCUCUGGUUUCAGCAAGUCUAGUAUCGAGUUGAAACACCUUUGUCUGGAGUACAUGACUCCCUGGCUGCUGAACCUGGUGCGUUUCUGCAAACACAACGACGACGCCAAGCGCCAGCGGGUCACCGCCAUCCUGGACAAGCUCAUCACCAUGACCAUUAAUGAGAAGCAGAUGUACCCAUCCAUCCAGGCCAAGAUCUGGGGCAGCCUGGGCCAAAUCACAGACUUGCUGGAUGUGGUGUUGGACAGCUUCAUUAAAACCAGUGCUACAGGAGGACUGGGCUCCAUCAAGGCUGAGGUGAUGGCAGACACGGCUGUGGCUCUGGCCUCUGGCAAUGUCAAACUGGUGUCUAGCAAGGUUAUUAUCCGCAUGUGCAAGAUCAUCGAUAAGACGUGCCUGUCGCCGACGCCGACGCUGGAACAGCACCUGAUGUGGGACGACAUCGCCAUCCUGGCACGCUACAUGCUGAUGCUGUCCUUCAACAACCUGCUGGACGUGGCGGCUCACCUGCCCUACCUGUUUCACGUGGUGACGCUGCUGGUGGCCACAGGGCCGCUCUCGCUGCGCGCCUCCACCCACGGCCUCGUCAUCAACAUCAUCCACUCGCUCUGCACCUGCUCGCAGCUUAACUUCAGCGAAGAGACCAAGCAGGUGUUGAGGCUGAGCCUGACCGAAUUCUCCCUGCCUAAGUUUUACCUGCUGUUCGGCAUCAGCAAAGUGAAGUCCGCGGCCGUUAUAGCGUUCCGCUCCAGCUACAGGGAUCGCUCUUUCUCGCCGGGAUCGUAUGAGCGCGAGACCUUCGCACUCUCAUCCCUCGAGACGGUGACAGAGGCUCUGCUAGAGAUCAUGGAGGCUUGCAUGAGGGACAUUCCGGGGUGUAAAUGGCUUGAUCAAUGGACCGAAUUGGCUCAAAAAUUCGCUUACCAGUACAACCCUUCUCUACAGCCCAGGGCCCUGGUGGUUUUUGGCUGCAUCAGCAAGCGCAUCACCCACGGUCAGAUCAAACAGAUCAUCCGCAUCCUCAGCAAGGGCCUGGAGAGCUGCUUGAAGGGGCCGGACAGUUACAACAGCCAGGUGCUGAUCGAGGCUACGGUCAUUGCUCUUACCAAACUGCAGCCCCUGCUGACCAAGGAUUCGCACAUGCACAAGGCCCUGUUCUGGGUGGCUGUGGCAGUCCUGCAGCUGGACGAGGUGAACCUGUACUCGGCAGGGACGGCCCUGCUGGAACAGAACCUGCACAAGCUGGACAGCAUGCAUGUCUUCAAUGAUAAGAGUCCCGAGGAGGUGUUCAUGGAGAUCCGUAAUCCUCUAGAAUGGCACUGCAAGCAGAUGGACCACUUUGUCGGCCUCAACUUUAAGUCCAACUUCAACUUUGCGCUUGUUGGUCAUCUGCUUAAAGGCUACAGGCACCCUUCCCCCACUACUGUGGCACGGACGGUGCGUAUCCUCCACAUGCUUCUCAGCCUGGUGGGAAAGCAUCGCAACUGUGACAAGUUUGAGGUCAACACGCAGAGCGUAGCCUACUUAGCUGCUCUGCUCACUGUGUCGGAGGAAGUGCGCAGUCGGUGCAGUCUAAAACACAGGAAGUCCCUGCUCCUCUCUGAUGUCGCCAUGGAGAACGUUCCUAUGGAGACAUACUCGCUUCACAAUAGUGAGCCUGGUUGCAGGACGUUGAGAGAGAGCCAUCCUUGGGCAUCUCCUAAAGUUUCAGAGCGAUACUUGGUUGCAAACUAUCCAAUCGUGGGCCAGAUCAGCCCUCGGACACGAAAAUCCAUGAGUCUAGACCUGGGCCAGCCUUCUCAGGCGAACACCAAAAAGCUUUUGGGGACGAGAAAAAGCUUUGACCACUUGAUAUCAGACACUAAAGCACCAAAGAGGCCGGAGGUGGAGUUUGGAAUCACCACGCCCCCGAAGAUGAGGAGAGUAGCAGAGAACGACUAUGAUAUAGAAACUCAAAGAAUCUCUCAACACCACCACCACCUGAGGAAGGUCUCCCUGUCCGAGUCCAACAUCCUCCUGGACGAGGAGGUCCUGACUGACACGAAGAUCCAGGCGCUUCUUCUCACUGUUCUGGCAACUCAGGUCAAAAACACCACGGACGAAUUCGCCCAGAGAAUUCUCUACGAGUUUCUAGCCGAGGCCAGCGUCGUCUUUCCAAAAGUCUUUCCUGUCGUUCACAACCUCCUGGACUCGAAGAUCAGCACUCUGCUGUCCAUGUGCCAGGACCCGAACCUGCUGAACCCCGUGCAUGGCAUCGUACAGAGUGUGGUGUAUCACGAGGAGUCGCCACCACAGUACCAGCCCUCAUAUCUGCAGAGUUUCGGAUUUAAUGGACUCUGGAGAUUUGCUGGGCCUUUUUCAAAGCAAAACCAGAUCCCGGACUACGCUGAGCUGAUCGUUAAGUUUCUGGACGCUCUGAUCGACACCUAUCUGCCGGGGAUUGAUGAGGAAAGCAGCGAGGAGGCGCUGAGGACACCCACGUCUCCGUAUCCACCGAUGGCCCAUAGCCAGCUCAGCAUCACUGCCAACCUCAACCUCUCAAACUCCAUGACCUCUCUGGCAACCUCACAACACUCAGCAGGUGUUGAUAAGGAGAACGUGGAGUUGUCUCCGAGUGCUGUGGUUCCCACCAGUGGACGCGUGAGACACGGCUCAGCCAGCCACGUCCAGAAGCAACGCAGUGCUGGCAGCUUCAAGAGGCCAAGCAUCAAGAAGAUCGUAUGAGAACAGGGCCCUCUGCUGGGCCACACACACCAUGCUGCAUUUCUACAUACACUCUUUCCUUCUGCUCCUCGUACUCGUAUUUUUUUUACUUGUUUUUUUAAUUGUCCUCCUCACAUUUUCAGCCAUAGUUUGCCUAAUGAUCAAUAAUUAAAAAAAAAUUAUAAUAAAAAAAGACGACGAACUCGGAAAGAGGUUCUCAAAUGUUGGGGAACCAGUCAGUGAUUGAGGAGAGAUUUUCAUGUUUAUAAACUUUCUUUUUUUUAUGCAGCUUUUUAUUUGAAUUCUAAACCAGGUAUCUAAAGGAAAAAGCACUGAGAUGUAUAAUUGCAGACUGUUUUGUGAGCUUUUUUGUUUUUGAUCUUAAUGGAAAGUAUUAACCAGGUUUUAGCUCUCUUUAGUUUUAUAAUGUAUUUUAGUUUUUCUCCACAGGGAUUAUUUCUGCAUAUUUUCUGCUUUUUUUAAGCAAAGUUUUUUUGUUUUUAUUUGGGAUCAAAUAGCUCCGUUAGCACACGCAUCACACACGACUGUAUAUCCACAGAAUAAUUUGCACUUACUGUGAGUGUGUGUGUGUGUGUGUGUGUGUGUGUGUGUGUGUGUGUGUGUGUGUGUGUGUGUGUGUGUGUGUGUUCAGUCCUGGAUUGUUUCUGGACACUUGAGGGCUAAUGACAUUUUAAUCAAUAGAUAGAUCAAAGAAAGGCUUUAACACUUUUUAUGAUUGUUGGUGUCAGAUGAUCUGAGAAACUGUUGCUCUCCAGGUGAUUUUUAUACAGAUUAGUCUGACGAAAUGGUGUGAAAAACAUCAAACAUCCAGUGAUCAGUAGUUAACUAAGUGGAAAGACCAUAUUGAUGAUGAAAGAGGUCAGAGAGCGGUAUAGCCGGGUUGGUUGGAGCUGACAGGAAUACUAUGAUAACCACUUUUGCACAGUGGUGGUGAGCAGAAAAGCGGCUCAGAAUGCAAGAACCGGAGGCUACAGCAGGCACUCUUGCUGGAUAGUAAAACUGGAUACAGUCUGGUUUUCAGCAGUCUCAUUUUGGGCAAUCCUCUACUCCCAGAUUCCUGUUUUUGGCUGACAGGACUGAACCUAAUGUGCUCUUCUCCUGGUGCAGCUCAUCCGCUUCAAGAUUUGGUGAAUUGCUAUAUUUAGAGAGGCUUUUUCUGCUCACCAUGUUUGUAAAAAGUGGUUAUUUGAGUGACUAUUGAUUCCUGCCAGGUCAAACUAAUUCUAGAUAAAACAUCAACUAGAUAUUCAUGACAAAGUUUUGACUGAACGUUUAACCCUUUAAUUUUAAAAAAUCUUUUUAUUUUAUUUUUUAUUGUAAUGUAUUUAUCCCUCUGAUUAUUGCUUAUUGCACUAUAUGAUACUUACGUUUUGAUCCUAAAAUUACUGACUUAAAACAGCACUUAAUCCGAAUCAAACCAUUCAUCGUUUUUGAUACAUAAAUCGAAAGCACGUUGACUUAUUUAUUUAUAUGUAUUUUUUUCUUUUUCUUUUUUUUUUUUUACUGGAAAGCCAAGUAGUUUAAUUAAGAUUAGUAUUUCAAUUCCACACAUCAGUAGUUAAAACAUAACCAAAAUCUAUACAGCAAAACUUUUUCCAGCGAUUUGUCAGUAUCAGGGAUUGGUUAAUACUUGGAACGAUUCUAUACUUGAAUUAGUUUCUCUCGAAAAAAGGAAAAAAAAAAAAAAAGUGAAGGAAUGCGAUUCUCACGAUCGCCUGUAAGAAAUGUGUAAACAAAUGUCUCGAAAACCAAAGUCACGGAUAUUGGUGAAAUUAAAUCCAAGAUUUAUUUUUUAGUCUUUUAGCAUGUGUGUGUGUGUGUGUGUGUGUGUGUGUGUGUGUGUGUGUGUGUGUGUGUGUGUUUAAUCUCUCGAUUGUUGGGACCAAUUCUUAAUUAGCAAGUAUUAUAAUAAACGAGGGUGCUAGAACGUCAUGGUAGUUCAGCGGGGAAAAGUUGCCAGUUGUAACGCUUUCGUUAUUUUCUGACAGCCAUGAAAUAUCAUGGAAUGCAAGAAACCCUGCCCUCCAUGUUCUGGUGUUUCAUUCCUGCAUCGCAACUAGUGCUCCCAGGGUCCGAGCCCUGACCGAGUUAAAAGAACGAACAAUGCGAUGCUGUGCUUUGUGCUGAUUUAAUCCGUUCGACUAUGCGAUUCCUGAUUUUCAAUGAAUUUGCAGUUUCUCGCACAUGCACAUUCCUUGCACACGGGGAGUUCUGAUCCAAUCUGCACCUUUAAGUCUUUGCUAGUUUCUUUAUGGUUGUAUUUCUGAGUCUCAGAGAGGCUUUUUAGAACAAAUAAUACUCUAUGUGGCUUUUAUUCUGCCUCGUGUACUAAAAGUAUUCAUUCUACAGACAUUUGCAGUUGAACUUGCUUCAAAUCCUGAGGAAAUUGCGUACAGUUCAGGGGUUCUGUUCGAAGGCCCGAUGUGUUUCUCAGGCAGACGCUAUAACACAAAGGACUUCAUUAUUUACACUUUUUUUUUCCGUUCAAAUCCAUUUGCUCUUCUCAGUGCGACUCCGCAUGUCGCAUGUAUGCGUGUUAUCCACUGUCCACUUCCACUAAGUCAUGCCAAGUUUUUUGUAAUGAAUUUUUUAUUGAUUAUGAAUGAAUUCGGAGAGGAAAAUGAGGUCAGGCGCCACUGUGCAGGUUUUCGUGUUGGAGAAAGAUUACAGAACUUAUUUGAUCUUGUCAACAUACAACAUUUUUCUGACUAAGCCAUAGGAAGGCAAUGCCUUCGCUUGACCUUAUAAUGUCGAUGCGUGUUCAUUAUCAGAGCCGAUUAUUGUGAUGAAGCUUUAACCACAGGUUUAGAUUGUGGGGGGGAAAAUAAGUCAAUAAAUAGAUGGAGGGAAGAAAUUAAGAAUAUUGGUAUUAAUCAGAUAACCAUUAAUGUAUGCAGGUAAUAUGGCUUUGCCCUCACCGUGAAGGGUGUGUGUUUAGCCAUAGACUUUUUCACAACACCUUAACGAAUUAAAAGUGUAAUUCGCAGAAGUUAUGCAAAACUUUUUUUUCCAUCUAUUUCCUGUUUUUUUUUUUUUUAUGCUUCACGACUGUAAAUAGUUUUGUGUACAAAAAAAAAAGAAAGAAAAGUAUAUUUACUACAAUGUAAAUACAUGUGAUGAUAUAUUGUAUUAUUUAGCUUUUUGUAAAAGACUUCAUUGCUGUACAUGUAUAAUGGAAUCUGUACCAGAAAUGGAGACGUCCAUCAUGUUCACAGCACGGGUGUAAAACCUCGGAGGAUUUAGACACUUGUACAGAAACACGGUGUAUAAUAAAUUCCAGUUAACAUCAGAUUUCUGAUUUACACCUCUUACACUAAUAAAGUACUUUCUGGCCAGA